AUGCCCCACAGCUCUGACAGCAGCGACUCCAGCAGCUUCAGCCAGUCACCCCCUCCCAGCAAGCAGGACUCUUCUGAUGACAUGAGAAAAGUCCAGAGGCGGGAGAAGAACCGCAUCGCCGCCCAGAAGAGCCGCCUGAGGCAGACCCAGAAAGCAGACACACUGCACUUGGAGAGCGAAGACCUGGAGAGGCAGAACGCAGCCCUACGCCGGGAGAUUAAGCAGCUGACAGAGGAGAUGAAGCACUUCACCUCGAUGCUGAGCUCCCACGAACCUCUCUGCUCCAUCCUGACCGCGGCACCUCCACCGCCCCCAGAGGUGCUUUAUGCCACGCACUCCUUCCACCAGCCCCACAUCAGCUCCCCGCGCUUCCAGCACUGA